UCACUUUACAUUGAAAGAGUCACUCAGUAUGUCACCGUAGAUCUCCCUUCGCGUUUCCGGCCACCAUCGCUCACAAUUUCUCACUCGAGCUCUCACUGUGCCUUCAGCUGCAUUUGCUAGCUUGCAUCCAUACCGGUAGGCUGCAACCAUAGAUUGAUUGUUGUUGCACCUCAGCUAACUUCCAUUCUCCUUCCAAGCGACACCAUAAUCCCAUCGAUCUCGACAACAUGGUUAUCAAAACGCCCCAGCCGCUAUCACCUACAUCCGAAGACGCAAAACCCACCAAGCAGCCACCAAACGAGCAGAAGGACUUGGGUUCCUCUUGGGCUGCCCUUUCAACUACCGGUACCGACAAUAAAGAAGGUGAGAAGACAAUUGCCGAAGGGUUGGCUGCUUGCCCCGAAGAGUCCAUUGAAGAAGGCACCGGUGCACAUCAAGACCCCGAAGACGAAGGCUUAUCCGUUCAACAGCUUCAGGAGGCAGCAAAAGAUGCGCAAAGGCGCCCCAAGCAGAAGCGUGCAUCCUUUCUGUUGCCAGAUGAUCAUUCUCCAGGUGCGCGUAGGUCACAACCCAAGCGUGGGUCGCUCUUAGAGAGAAGCAAGCAAUUCCAGGACAAGCUUGUAAAGUUCAUGUCGGACUACAGCAACUACAAUGAUGUAGAGGAUAUUGAAAUGGAAGACAACAGCCUUGGAGAGAGUGGCAACAAGUUUCCCACUCGAGAACGGGACUUGCGUCAUGUAGAUCAGCGUGUCAACUUGAUGGAUGCCUCAUCAAAGCGCCAUGACUUUUAUGAUGAAAAUGAAGAAGAAGACGAAGAGGGUGCGUACUACGAUGACGAAGAUGAGGAUGUCUACGCCAACUACACGCAAGGCUACUCUGGUCAUGACUCCAAGUCCGGUCAGAUCCAACGAAACCCGCCCAUUCCACCCAAAAAGGCACCCAGCGGUCAUGCACCAUGGGACGACCAUCACCCUGCCAAGAAGCCAGCAACUUGCUGGGAGCAAAACUACCAUUGCAUCCGCUGGACUUUGUUGAUCCUGCUCAUGCUGGCCACUGCCACCUGGCUGCUGAUGAGUCUCGAGUUCUUCAGGCCACAGACGACCGUUGUUGCUCAUGGCCAUGCUGGGCCGUCAUCGCCAAUGGCAUCCGCUGCGCAUCCAUCUGGUCCUCAGACGAACGCAGGAGAAGUAUACCUGCGCAAACACGACCUGGAAGGAAUCGUUCAAAAGCAUUUGCUUCCCCAGGCUGGCAACAACCCCGACUUGUUGAACAUGCACAGUCCCUAUGCACAAAAGACCAUCACGUGGAUGACAGCGUACGACAAAAAGUCCAUGAAGAUGUUGGACGAGUACCACAAGGUUGCUGGUACUGGUGGACCAAAAGAGGUUAGCGAAACCGAGGCAUACACGGACGGGGAGGAACGAGUAACUGAGAAAGUGGACUUUGAUGAUCCAGCCCAUCACGUGAGAUCCAAGAUAAUUGACCGCUACGUUGAAGGCCUCUCCUACUUCAAAAACCAUCCUGAUAGUGAUGCCGAUGCUGCACAUGUCUAAGGCAUGCGGAAAGGAAGCCGGGAGCAACUAGAGUGAACGCAGAGACAAGAACAACGAGAGAUUUCCUUGAACAACCAAAGAAUAGAAAGAUAGUAUACGUAGUAGCCUAAUCGUCAUAAGUGUAUUGCAUCUGAUACACCGGUGCAAAGGUAAGGUAAGGAGCAGUACCAAUCAGGGCUCGUGAUGAUAAUAUAUAAACUUAUAGACCUUACAGAAGAAUAGAAUAUGAUAAAACGAAACCUUGUUCACCACUGUC